AUGUCACGCUGGACCUCGUCCGUCCGGUGGAUGCUGGUGACAGCUGCUCUAGCUCCUGUACAAGUGGACGCUGCAGCAGCCCAUCAGAUGGACUUUGCUGCUUGUCCUAUUCGACACAGUCCUGAGUACUACUGCUGCGAGUACUCGACGACAGUCAAAGAGCUCUUUACCAAGUACAAUCGUCCAUCGGGUGGCGAGUACGAGUCGUACUAUGUCACGGGAUGGGCCCAGCAACGUCAAGUGAACUUCCCGUACACAAUGUACCAUCCCAGCACCCGGAAGUUUUACUAUGACAAGCCUGAUACUAUCUGUCGCGUCCAGGCUAUUGUGAACCCGGAAACGGGCGCCUUGACUGAAGCCUUGCAGUGUGCCGACACCAACUCAUCUCUUGCUGCAGCGUCGCAGGACAGCACGGUCUAUUGGAACUACGCGGACAAUGUCCGGAAUAACAAUGCCUCCUUUCCUAUUGGAGCUCGCUGCUAUAGCCUCAUGCAGGUUGACGGUGCAGUGGACACGGACCUAAAAGCUGCGUGCAAAUCCGUCUCUACGGUUUCUGACGCUCGCUUCACAACAUUCAGAGAGACGCCCUUAGUGGUCGUCUACCUCGUGUACCUCGUCUUCUUCCUCGUGCUAGCGUGCUGGGCUGUCUUCAAGAAGAUCCACGAGAAUGCCAACAGGUCGGUGAACGAGAUGAACAAGAAACUCCUGCCGACGCCACAGCUGCAGUCGCGCGCGGUUGCAAAAGAUGCCACGAGUCAGUUCUCCAGUGCUUGUGUCUCGGACACGCACAUGCAGCUUGACGUUGCUGAGGAUAUUCUACAGACGGGGUUCACGAGCUCAACGCUCGGGUCAUUCGUACUUGGGUGUGUCGUGGUGGCAUCCGUUGCUUUGAACGUCCUCCUUGUCAUCGUAAUUGUCGACUACUACGGCAACUUUGACCCGCCGCUCUUUGACGCAACAGAGGACAAUGCACUUGUGUUCGUCAUCAUGUGGGUCAUCACGGCGAUCUGGUUUGUGAUUAUCGUGGCUCUGCAAGACCGGAUCCUCAACUUCUUCCGUCUGCGGGUGCCACUGAAGCAGUGCGACUUUGUCUACAUGCUCAAACGAGAUGAGACAGAAGUGAUGCUGUCCGAUCGAUCGGGUGUAUCCGACUUUGUAGCCAAAGUCGAGAACUAUUUCGCACCGAAGGGAAGACUCGGCGGCUAUCGCACCACGGUCCCAGUGAUAACAGAGGACGGUCUACGGAUCAUCGAGUUCCAGCACCUGCGUUACAUCUACGAGGAAAAUGCACAGCGGUUUGUGCCUGGCGUCGUAGCACUUGGACGUACGUACGACGAUAUGCGACAAGAAGUUGGUGGUUUGUCGGACAUGGAAGCGAGACUUCGUAUCAACACGGUUGGACCGAACUCUGUUGAUGUCGAGAUGCCAUCUCUCCUGGUCUCGAUUGCGCAGGAAUUUUUCAAACUUUUUUACAUCUACCAGGUCAUGUGCUACUACGUCUGGUACUACUUUACGUACUGGAACAUGGGCAUUGUCAUGACCGUCGUCGUGCUAGGAGCUGCAGCAGUGAACAUUUUCACGCAACGUCAGAUCCAGUCCUCUAUUGUCAAGAUGACCCGUUACCGAACAGAUGUGAUGGUUUUUCGUGGCGGCGAGUGGCGUAAGAUGUCGUCGCCGGAUCUGGCACCUGGAGAUCUGGUGCGGGUGCCGGAAGACUGGUUAGCCCCAUGCGAUAUGGCUAUCGUCAAAGGCACGACGGUGUGCGAUGAGUCGAUGUUGACGGGUGAAUCGAUGCCCGUGCAGAAGUUCCCGAUUCCAGAGUGUAGCGUCGAGGUGUACGAUCCUGAGAAGGGCAGCAAGAAGCACACGUUGUUCGCCGGUACUCGUGUACUAUCUUCUGGUCGCAAUGAAGAGAUUUUGGCUAUCGUGCAGACCACAGGCGCACACACGACCAAGGGCCAGUUGAUCCAGUCGAUUUUGUUCCCGAUCCCCAUGCGCUUCAAGUACAACGAGCACCUGAAAGUCCUGAUCGCGCUGCUGCUUGUCUACGCUUUCAUUGCCUGUAUCCUCGUGAUUCACUUCCUUCUGGGAAACGGGAAGCUGAGCAACCGAUAUGCUUCGUUCUGCUAUGCUAUCUUCCUGUUGUCCUGUGUCAUUAGUCCACUGCUUCCUGUGGUCAUUACGGUCGGGCAAGUGAAUGCCUCGCAGCGUCUCGAGAAACAGGGCAUUUUCUCACUGAAUGUGCAGCGUAUCACGCUGUGCGGCAAGGUGCGCAUCUUCUGCUUCGACAAGACGGGCACACUCACGAAGCAAGGUCUAGACUUCCUGGGCGUCCAACCAGUGAAAGACGCGAGGUUUACCCCAAUCGCCAGCGACGUCAACGAUGCACCGUCAUCUGAGGAGCUGCUGUAUGCACUCACGACGUGUCACUCUGUAGGCUCGCUCGAGGAUCGUCUCGUGGGUAACGAAGUAGAAGUGCGCAUGUUCACUUCCACUGGGUGGACGCUGGUAGAGAAGGAAGGCGAGCAACCGUAUGUGAGGUCGAACAUGGAUCGGGAACUCGAGCUGGAGUUCAUCAAGCGCUAUGACUUUGACCAUCACCGCAUGUCCAUGAGUGUCGUGGUGCGCAACCGCAAGAGUGGCAAGUACUACGUGUUCUGCAAAGGCUCGUACGAGCGCAUGCAGCAGCUCAGCACGGCUGCCAGUGUGCCGGAUGACUACAAGAAUGUGGCUGAUCGUCUCGCAAAGGACGGUUGCUACGUGCUUGGUCUGUCGUACCGUGAGCUGCCGCAGGAGUGGACGUACGACCAGGUGAUGAGCUUUGCCACCAAUCGGGACGCCGUGGACGAGAACCUGUCGCUCUUGGGCUUGAUCUUGUUCCGAAACGAGCUGAAGCCAGACACGGCUGAUGCUAUUGCGAAGCUCAAAGGUGGCGACAUCCGCACGGUCAUGAUCACAGGCGACAAUGCUAUGUGUGGUUGCUACAUCGCACGUCAAAGCGGCAUGGUGGAGUCCAGCUCGCGUGUGAUAUUAGGUGAGAUGGUGUCGAAGCCGGAGCCAGCACAGCUCGUGUGGCGUGACGUGGACUCGGGUGAAGAGUAUAACUCGGCGCAGGUGAAGCACCUGGUAGAGGUGGGCGAGGACGUGGAGCUGGCUGUGACAGGUGUGGCGUUUGAUUAUCUGGUUAGUACAGGCGAGAUCGGGGAAAUGCUGCUGAACAUUCGCAUAUUCAGUCGUAUGACGCCUGACGGUAAGGUCGAGUGUGUGAAGCUGCACAUGGAGACGGGCGCGGUGACUGGUAUGUGCGGUGAUGGUGGCAACGAUUGCGGUGCGUUGCGCUUCGCUCACGCUGGUGUUGCUCUCAGUGAUGCCGAAGCGUCAGUGGUGUCACCGUUUACAAGCAAGGACAAGUCCAUUCAGUCAGUGGUUGAUUUGUGCCGCGAAGGGCGUUGUAGUGUGGCCACGUCGUUCGCAUCCGUGAAGUUCCUCAUCAUGUACGGCCUCAUUGGAUCGUGCUUUCGUCUGUUCAUGUACUAUCAUGCCAUCAGCCUGUCGCAAUGGUGCUGGAUUCUUGUGGAAGGCUUCAUGCUGGUUGGCUGCUCGUACGUCAUCACGCUAUCGAAGCCGCUCGAUGAAUUGAAGGCGACCCGACCGACAUCGAGUCUGAUUGGACCUACGACGUUGUUAUCCGUCAUCGGACAGCAGGCUAUCAACAUCAUUUACCUGAGCUGCGCGAUCCACAUGCUGUCAAGUCAAGUCUGGUAUUGCCCGUUUUCGCCUGACAGCGUGAACGUCGCACAGUGGUGGCUGAUGUCAGACAACCACUUGUCGACAGUGCUCUUCUUCAUCGUGAUUUUCCAGCAGCAUAUUUCCGCUUGGGUCUUCAGCUUUGGCUCAACGUACCGUCAACCGAUUUGGCGCAACAACAUGCUGCUCGCAUUCUUCGCAGUGCUUGGAGUUCUCGACAUGUACAUGCUUCUGGGCGAGCCAAGUAUCGUCAUGGAUCGCUUCCGUAUUUCGAGUAGCACGAAUGUUGUCGGGCUGCCUGAUAUCCCGAUGCCGCUGAGCUUCCGAGUCAAGUUCCUUGGCUUGAUUCUGGGCAACGCCUUCACGAAUAUUCUCUUCGAGUACGUCGUUGUGCUUGGUCCUGUGCGGUCAUAUUUCCGCAACAAGUACCACGUCGACAUGAUUCCGAUGAAGAAGUAA